AUGACGGCCGACGACUACAACUACUGGCCCUCCCCAACCCUCACGCCCCACUAUUCCCCCGCCCCCUCAAGUGCAACCCACGCCCACCGUCAAACCUCCGCCAUCCUACCCAACAACACCCUGUCCAUUUUCGAAAAGCGAAAAAUCCCUCUACAACCUUCACGUUCAGCCCACCUACCCUUCCUCGCCCCGCCCUCUCCUACCAGCCACGCCCACCUCAACCUCGCCCAGCGCUCCGACAUACCCUCACGUUACAGAGUUAUAACCACACACUUCCCCGCCCUCCCACCCCACGCCCACCUCUCCGCCGCCCUCCCACCCACGCCCACCUCGCGCUCACCUCUCCCGCCUCCUACCCCACGCCCGUGUCCGCGACGCCAACAGCGCGAGUCAAUUCCAUCCCCGGCAGUCCGGUUAUUACCUCGGGAACCCUCGGGCGCACCCAGGCGCUCAGGCGGCACCCGGUCAACCGCAACUUGGCUUAGUUAUUGGCUUUCUCCGAUAUCGCGAGAUGAAGACACCUUGCCGACCGUGAAUCUCAACGAGCACUUUCGCUCUCAGGCACAGGUGUCUCCUGCUCAACCAGCCCCAACCCAUCCCUCGCCGCCUACUCUUCAGCUCCUAUCCUCUGUCUCCCAUCCCCGCAAUUUGCCCUUACCCUUGUACCCUUGCCGAUGCCCCGCCCAUACCCAAACCCUGUUCCAAUCCCUGCCCUUGCCUAUAUCCCUGCCCCUGCCCUUGCCUAUAUCCCUGCCCCUGCCCUUACCCUUGCCUAUAUCCCUGCCCCUUGCCCUUGCCUAUAUCCGUCCUUGCCCAUACCCAAACCCUGUUCCUAUCCCUGCCCUUGCCUAUAUCUCUGCCCCUGCCCUUACCUUGCCAUAUCCCUGCCCCCCUGCCACCCUUGCCCUUGCCCAUAUCCCUGCACCAGCCCUUACCCUUGCCUAUAUCCCUGCCCCUGCCCUUACCCUUGCCCUUGCCUAUAUCCCUGACCCUGCCCUUACCCUUGCCCUGGCCUAUAUCCCUGUCCCUAUCCUUGCCUCUAUCCCUGCCACCACCCUUGCCCUAACCCCGGCCCCUCACCCUACCUCUGCCCCUCCCUACCAAGAGGUACACCUGAUGAUUCGCGCCCGAUUCCCAGUCUUAUGUCUUACCCUUACCCUUACCCUUUACCCUUACACUUAUCCUUACCUUUAA